GAAAAUAGAAGCCAAAGCAAAACAAACCAGUUUCGGAGACUGCACAGGCACUUAGGUAUAAUCCGUUUCAUACGCUAGUCAGCAGAAAGAAUAAGGAAGGAAGCGGUGGCGUAGAAAUCAGAGCAAGUGUUGACAGAGUUGGGGUUUCCGAACAUGGCAAAAUCGAUUGUAAAAGCUUACUCGAUCCCUCUACUACUUUUCUCGCUCUCCUUGUACUGUCAGCUGAUUAUGGUUCCUCGUUGUUUUCCCUCAUCACAUUACGAUGUGCUAGGGAUCAAUAUGCAUAGUUCUGUUGAACAAGUAACUCAUGCUUAUCAUCAUCUUACUGCUAAUUGGAAUUCUACCACUCACCCACUUGACACCGUCCAAUUCAUUCAGAUUCGAUAUGCAUUUGAGCUACUUACAAAUAACUUGUGGAAGAGGGAUUAUGACAUCCACGGUAUUGAUGAGCAGUAUCAUGUAAUUCAUAAGAUGGAGAAGCAGUAUGCUGCCUCAAAUAUCUCUCAUGUUACUCUUCCCUUGCUCGAGCCAAACUCCUUUGAUACAUUGGAUCCAGAUUUUCAUGUCAUCAGGUUAGAGGAUUUUUUAUCUGAAGGCACUCCCAACCCAAUGCUAAUUCAGGUUUUUUCACUCGGGAGCAACCGCUGUGCAAAAUUUGCCGACACAUGGAAGAGAAUCAUAAAUCUACUGGAAGGGAUUGCAAAGACUGGUGUUGUUGAACUUGGUGAUGUUAAGCUCGCUGCAUACCUAUCGGAGAAGAGAUCUACGGGGCAACCUUUGUUUCGGAAUGGCCUUCCCAGUCUUCUGGCAUUCCCCCCUGGUUGCAAAACUUCAGAGUGCCUUGUUCGGUAUCCCGGGGAGCUUUCUGUUGAUGCCGUCACUGAUUGGUUUUCAACAAUUAUUCUUGGUUUACCUCGCAUAAUGUACUAUACUAAGGAGUCCUUGGUUCAGAAUUUCCUACAGAGAAGUGGUCGCCACAAGGUCAAAGCUAUUUUUAUAUCGAAAAGUGGAGAGCGCGCCACUCCAUUUGUACGCCAAGCUGCAAAAAAUUAUUGGGCUUAUGUUUCUUUUGCCUUUGCACUGUGGCGAGAAGAGGAAUCCUCCUUCUGGUGGAAUACGUUUGGGGUGGAAUCUGCUCCUGCGAUCAUAUUUUUAAAAGAUCCUGGUGUUGACCCUGUUGUGUACCAUGGAUCAAUCAACAACUCAUAUUUUAUAGAUAUCAUGGAGCAGAAUAAGUAUCACGAGCUUCCUCAGUUGAGGAGCGUGACGUCUAUGGAGUUGGGUUGUGAUCCCAGAGGUUAUUCGCGAGCCGGAAAUGACAUAAUGGUUUGGUAUUGUGUUGUUCUUGCUGGGAGGCAGAGCCUGGAACUUAAUAAAAUGCAUCAAACCAUGCGCAGGGUUCAAGAAAAUCUAUCAAAUGAUGGAGAUGCAGCAGCCCAGGACAAAUUGGAAGCAGCGAUUGCUUUAAAAGAUAAACGGCUGACAUUUACAUGGCUUGAUGGAGAAGCGCAAAAUAGGCGUUGUCUCUUCUAUAUUCAUUCAGAGUACAGCUAUGAAACAUGUGGAGCAAGGAGGGAUUUAAGAGAUGUGCCAAAGUUAAUUAUUAUACGGUACGCGAGGAAUGGUACUGAAGACAGUGAUAAGAAAGAGAAAGAUUCAAAUAAUUAUUUGGCUGCAUAUCUUGCGAAAGAUAUUGAUCCUACGUCCCAACUUGUGGCACAUUACAAUGGGUCAGAUGACAUCCAUCAGAUCACGCAGUGGAUCUCUACUGUUAUCAAAGAUGGCGAUUCACGUAAUAUCCCCUUUUUUAAAACAGAAACACCUGAGCUUGUUCCUGAGGACGUGGACCCUAUAUGGUCAACUGGCACCGAGAAGAUUCUUUCCUCGGGCAAGGGAAUAAUGCGACGAAUCAUUAGUCUUACUACUGGAUUCUCUGAUCUCUUGUGUGAUCCACGAUGCGGACCCUUCUUGCUUCUGGGAGCAUUGAUGUCUUUCGGUGGUGUUUGGAUGCGGAGAUCUCAAGCAGCUAACCUGAUCGAGUCACAAACCAAGAAAGAACCUUGUACUGUGGAUAAUGAGGUUAUAAAAAAGAGAAGACCCCCUCUGGAACCGGGAUCAAAGAGAUAUAAACUUCCUUCAAUGACGGAUGAAGAACCAAAAGAUGCUUAUCAGGUGCCAUUUUCUGAUUCUGAUUCAGAUGACGGUAUCUGUGAAAAGUAGUAGUUUGUGGGACUUGGUGAACAAAGUCCUCGCUGGAAGGCAUGGCUUACAUAUACUGAGAAAAUGGAGAAAUACAUAUUAAAGGAGAUAAUGGAGAGAUGACCAGAGUUUUAGCAAAAGAUGGUCAGUGAUGAAUAUUAAAUUUUGCUGAUAGAUCUGAAAACACUUGUGUAUUAUGGCCUUUCUGCUACUAUGUUCAGGGGCGGAAGCACUUAAAAAAAAAAAAUCAUGCAACCCAAUUUAAGGUAUAUGGUCUACAUGCACAUUCAAGGAAUUCUACUUGAUAUUUAAAAAGGGGUUCACCUUUCAA